UUAAAUGUUCGUUACUUCCCCUACCCCUUCUAAAGCCAUUUCAAUUCCUGGAGAGCAUUACACAUGUAUCUCAUCCUAGGCUUCUAGCCACAGCAACCUCACUACUCAUUUCCCCUGGAACUGAGGCUACAUACCUGGGCUCUCCACAGAGGGGAAUGAUGCAGGGAGGGGAAUCCCACCUGCUGUGAGUCACCUGCUAGUGUAAAGGGCGGGCCUUACAAUGCAGGGACCUUAAAAAGAGGGAGAAAAACAACGGAAGCAGCUCAGAAUCUCUGUGAAAAACAGAGAGAACCAGAACCAAAGCAGAUCAGACAGAAUUAGUCUCAGAGCAAGGGGAAGUGGGCAGAGAUUCCACAAGGACUAGUGCAGGUCACAGAAACAGAUUUGAGAAGUAGGCGACAUAAUGCUGGGGAUCAGAGCUGUGAUGCUGCUAUUGCUGCUGCCCUGGACAGCUCAGGGCUGGGCUGUGCCUGGGAGUAGCAGCCCUUCCUGGGCUCAGUGCCAGGAGCUCUCACAGAAGCUCUGCACACUGGUCUGGAGUGCACAUCCACUAGUGGGACAUAUGGAUCUACUGAGAGAAGAGGGAGAAGAAGAGACUACAAAUGAUGUCCCCCAUAUCCAAUGUGGGGAUGGCUGUGAUCCCCAAGGACUCAGGGACAAUAGUCAGUUCUGCUUGCAAAGGAUCCACCAGGGUCUGAUUUUUUAUGAGAAGCUUCUGGGCUCAGACAUUUUCACAGGGGAUGAUGGUCCUGUGGGCCAGCUUCAUGCCUCCCUUCUGGGCCUCAGCCAACUCCUACAGCCUGAGGGUCACCACUUGGAGACUCCACAGACUCCCAACCCCAGUCCCAGCCAGCCGUGGCAACGUCUCCUUCUCCGCUUCAAGAUCCUUCGCAGCCUCCAGGCCUUUAUAGCUGUAGCUGCCCGGGUGUUUGCCCAUGGAGCAGCAACCCAGAGCCCCUGAAGGCAACAGCUUAAAGAUGGCACCCAGAUGGACAUGGCUCAGCAAUGAUAAGAUAUAUCUAUCGACCCACACAACUAUGAGCCAACAAGUUAAUUAGCCCACUAAUUUUAAUAGGACUUGCAUGUUGAAAAACUGCUAAUACUGACUUAAGAUGAUGACCUGUGACAAAGUUGCAUAUUUAUUAGCUGGAAAGAGAAAUUUUGGUACUAUUUAUCCUCAUGGGAACAGUUUGGAGAGGAGGAUUAUUUAUUAUAUUUAUAAGUAAUUAUAUAUUUUUUUCAAUAAAGAUUUAUUUA